AUGAAGCUGCCGGCUCGACUUCGUCUUCUUCGACGACGAUCUGCCAAGGUGACUACGCUCGACGUGGCCGCGGACGGCGAGGACUACGCGGCCAAGCAGCGAGCCGUGGCCCUGGCCAAGUGGGAGCUGGCGCUGUUCGAGGAGCGGCUGGGCAUCGCCCCCUCUUACACGCCCGAGAUGGAGCCGCGACGCAAGUACUCCCUACAGCUCAUCAAUCUAGACGGCGCUCGUGACGAUGAAGAGGAUGUGGAGCUACUCCCGCCGUGCAGUCCCGGCUUCAAGCGGCUCUACUCGGACGAGGUGGAACGACGUCGCAUCGUUCAGGUCAUGGCCAGCUGGCAAGUGAGCACCACCGACAGGAACGGGCCUCAGCGCGAGUCCUAA